AUGAGCAGGGGAAAGGUUAUCACGGCAUUUUUCUCCAAACAUUUCUUACCUAUUGGAACACUAUUUGUCAUUCCGAUUGGGAUUAUUUUCCCUGCUCCUGCGGUCUACCUGAAUGAAAAACUACCAGUUGUGCACAUGUGUAUUGUCACAUUAUUUUUUGUCAUCGGAACGAAGUUUCGUUUAACUGAGAUUAAAUCAGCUCUUCGUUGUUAUAAAGAAACCGUCUUGGGAUUAAUCGUUAUCUUACUGCUCACUCCAGUUGUUGGAACGAAGCUUUUGAUGUUACCAAAGUUUCGUGAUGUUCACAGCUCAAGUUUACUUUCCGAAAAUGUUACAUUGAACAAAAGCUGGUCAAUUGAAUUACCAGAUUUUGGUCCGGAGGAAUUUCGUACAGGGCUACAGAUAUUUUGUAUCUCUCCAUGCGCAUCGGCAUUUCCAACUGCAGUGGUAACAACAGCCAAUGGUGAUCGAGCAUUGACAUUAUUAAUUGCAGUAAUUGCGACUAUGAUAUCAGUCUUCACAGUUCCCGUCAUGACCACUUGGCUGAUACCAGCAUUUCAAACUGCUAGUGUCAGUUUUCUCACCAUACUACCUAAAGUGCUGUUGUUUAUUCUUUUACCGUUGAUCGUUGGGCGACUCUUAAGAUUUAUCGGACUUGUAAAAAAGAUUGUGAUUAAAAUAAAUACAUCUUUGAAGUUCGUCACUUCUGGGGCUCUACUUGUUAUGUUCUGGGUGAAGAUUAGUCAAGCAACAGCGAAAGGAGACUUUCAAAGAUUUUCACCGUGGAUUAUUUUGGCCGUAACAGCUCUUGGUACAGCUGUGAUUACUUCAUUUCUUGUGAUUUCCUUUAUACUGGCUUCUCUACUUCGUUUACCUAAGAAAUCAAUCCUAGCUGUUACAGUGCUUUCUUCAGCAAGACAUUCGAGUAUCGCUAUUGCUGUUAUUGAAAAUUUACCAGACAAUGUUGGCGAUAAAGAUCUUAUGUUUUUCCCUAUAAUAUUUGUUUAUCUAGCCAUGAUUGUUAUUAUCAAUAGUUAUGGUAUAUUUAUGAAAGAAAACGAAAAUGACAUUGACGGUGCGGAUACCCUUGAAACCACAGGCGAUAUUGAGAACAAACUGACUGUAGUUGUGAAUCCGUUGGAAAAAAUAACAACACAAGGCAAAUCAAAUCUGAAUGAGGAGAUUACGUUGCCAGUAAUACACUGGCAUACCUCUGUAUAG